AUGGGACACAACAUCGAAGGCUCACCAAAAUCCCUGAAUGAAAGGACAGAGUGCAGAGAGGAGCUGGGGUCAGGUCUCGGAAGAUCCCAACAGAAAGUGUCUCAAGCAGCCUACUUUUCUAAGCAGCCCCAGGACCAAGUAGUGGUUGCUGGCCAAUCAGUAACCUUGCCCUGUGUGAUUGUGGGAUACCGGGGCAUGGUGCAGUGGACCAAAGAUGGCUUGGCGCUAGGCGGCGAACGAGACCUACCAGGUUGGGUACGUUACUCUCUGAUGGGAGACCCGCUAUCAGGAGAGCACAGCUUGGUGAUCGAUUCAGCUGAGCUGGGCGAUGAUGCGAUCUACGAGUGUCAAGCCACACAAGCUGGGCUACGAUCACACAGAGCCAAACUGACGGUGCUGGUGCCACCUUCAGAUCCCGUAGUGGAGGGAGGGCCAGUGGUCCGCCUGAAAGCUCAUACUGCUCAUAAUCUGACAUGCCGGGCAUCUGGGGCCAAACCUGCUGCAGAUAUUACCUGGUACAGGGAUGGAGAGAUAAUGCAUGAUGCCAUCUACAUAAAGACUUUGAUGGAGGAUGGAAAGAGAGAAACAGCGGUUAGCAUGCUACCCAUGGUGCCUGAGGACAGUGAUUCUGGACGUACCUACACCUGCAGGGUCCUAAACCCAGCCGCCCCUGCAGGUCGCCAAACUUCGGUUACCAUCAGUGUUCAGCAUCCUCCGUCUGUGACUCUCUCUGUUCAGCCUCAGACGGUGAUGGAGGGAGCAAAAGUGUUGUUCAUUUGCUCUGCCUCUGCCAACCCUGAGAUUACAGGUUACAGAUGGUCCAAGGGUGGGGUUCCUAUCUCGGAGGCUAAUGGUGACAGCCUGGAGGUGACCGUAGACCACUCUUACUUCACAGACCCAGUGUCCUGCGAGGUAUCCAACUCAGUAGGGAGUACUAAUGUCAGCACCUUGGUUGAUGUACAAUUUGGUCCCAGGUUGCUGACAGAACCGAAACCCCAGACAGUGGACACAGGGAUGGAUGCUGCCUUCACGUGCUCAUGGACGGGCAACCCUCCUCUCACUCUGGCCUGGACAAAACAAGGCUCCAAUGUGGUGCUCAGCAAUAGUAACACCCUUCAGCUGAAGGCAGUUACACAAGAGGAUUCUGGGACAUACACCUGCAAAGCCAUUGUGCCUCGGAUUGGUGUGGCAGAGAGAGAUGUUACUCUAACAGUCAAUGGCCCUCCCAUCAUCACGGCUGAGGCCACGCAACAGGCCGUCAAGCAUUCCAAGGGCAAGCUGGAGUGUCUAGUGGGCAGCAGCCCUCCUCCUGACAAGAUUGUAUGGACAUUUGGGGACAUGAUCUUGUCAUCUGGCUCGUCUGGUCGUUUUUCCGUGCAGACAGUACACAGUGACCGAGGGGUCCUUUCCUCGCUAAUCCUCUCAGAGACUCUGGCCCAAGAUUUCCAGCUUCGAUACAACUGCACUGCGUGGAACCGCUUCGGUUCAGGCAUGGCACUGGUCACUCUUGAAGAGGAAGAGGCCCUCCCCUUGCUAAUCAUCAUUGGAGCAUCGGUGGCCGGAGGCUGUGUCUUCAUCGUUUGUGUCAUUACCCUGGUUUCCAUCUGCUACCGCCACACUGCUAAAGGCAAAAAGGGCACACGCCUGUCUAAGAGCGACAUCCGCGUACAAAUCGUGCACAGUGACCACAACGCAGCAAGAGGAAAUGACGAUGAAGAGGACGUGAAGGAGCCUAUGGCUCCCAACAGCAGUGAGUCUCCAGGAACGUCUCGCACAGAGCACAGCGACCUGCUGGAAGAGGAGGAGGAUGAGAGAUCAGAUAUCAAGGACCCCACCAAUGGGUACUACAAUGUGCGGGCUCACGAGGACCGCCACGUUACAAGAACCGGCUUCUCCGAAUAUGUCCCUAAUGCACGUCCAGUCUACACUCCUUCUCAGCUUCCCUCGCCGAGCCCCUUAUACGGCCAGCACUCCACUCAGCCUCGGAUUUAUGACUUCUCCCAGCGUUAUGCCACAACCCCUGCCACACGCACAACCUAUGAGCAACAGCAAUCACAACAGCCGCAGCAACAACAGCAAACUCCCACCAUCUACCCUCAGGAGCCAGUCUAUGCGGGCUCCGCCUACCUGCCCGCCACCUAUGGCCGUGCCUUCACAAGCUACAUCAAACCUGCAUCCUACGAGAAGGUUGACGGAUAUGAGCAUUCAGACCAGGCCAGCAAGGUGUCCAGCUCUUCUCGAUUCUCAUACGCAUCCUCGCAGGUGUCGUCGCCACAGUCUGAUUAUGGACGGCCCUCUCAGCAACGCAUGCAGACUCAUGUGUGAUGGCUCCCUCGAAGGUGUCUAGCACGAUCAUCAUCAUGGUCAACAAGGACUUUCUUCUGAAUGGGUUCAGGAGGGAUUAAGCCAACUUUAAACUGAGAUUCAAGAGGUGGAAAAGCUUUAUUGCUGUAUUGAAGUAAAUGUUGGAUCAAUGGGAAACUUCUUUCGAAAGAACUACAAUGUGCCACUCAAGCUUGGAAGUCACCAUCAAGCUACUAAUUCUCUUUGACCAAACAUUGAACUUUUAGGGGAAAUCAACACCGUCCAUUAAUCCAUCUCUAUGGCACUGUAUUUCCAUUAAAAAUGGUUCUGGCACUGACCCUUCUGGAUCUUGGAGAAGGAAGGCAGCGCUUUGGAAAGGGAGGUGUCCUCAUGAACUAACCUUUGCAAAUGGGGACAUGCUUAUGACACUAUGCUGAAACAAUCAUAAUUACAUAAACAUAAAAAAAAA